AUGUCUGCCGUGGCUCCCACUAUCCCCGGGGCUGACCCAACCAAGGACAUACAAAAGCGUCGAGCUGGUAGUAUUGGAUCCGAUGAAGACGACGCAAGUGGUGGGAAAUACACAAGGAUGGAGGAGGAUAAUAUUCAAGACAAGGAGAGAUUUGCAAGCCGCGAGAACCAUUGUGAGAUCGAGCGUCGCCGCAGAAACAAGAUGACAGCAUAUAUCACGGAACUAUCAGACAUGGUUCCAACAUGUUCCGCCCUCGCGCGAAAACCCGACAAACUAACUAUACUGCGUAUGGCAGUGGCCCAUAUGAAAGCUCUGAGAGGUACUGGCAAUACAUCAACCGAUGGCACAUAUAAACCUUCAUUUUUAACCGAUCAAGAAUUGAAACAUCUAAUUCUUGAGGCGGCUGACGGAUUUUUAUUCGUCGUCAGUUGCGAUACUGGUCGCAUAAUUUAUGUCAGCGAUAGUAUAGCACCAGUUCUGAACUACUCCCAGGGUGAAUGGUAUUCAUCCUGUUUAUAUGAUCAAGUUCAUCCAGAUGAUGUUGAAAAAGUUAGGGAACAGUUGAGCACUCAAGAACCUCAAAAUACUGGUCGUAUUUUGGACUUGAAGACGGGAACUGUAAAGAAAGAAGGUCAUCAAUCGUCCAUGCGCCAAGUGAUGGGGUCGCGGCGCGGGUUCAUCUGCCGCAUGCGCGUGGGCGGCGCGGCGGAGAGCGCGCACCUGGGCCGCCUGCGCGCGCGCAACUCGCUCGGGCCCUCGCACGACGGACACAACUACGCCGUCGUGCACUGCACCGGCUACAUCAAGAACUGGCCGCCCACAGAUCUGUUUCCAGGUAUGCAGAUGGAUCGUCCGGUCGAGGAUGAACUUCACGCGUCUCACUGUUGCCUCGUCGCUAUUGGAAGAUUGCAGGUGACGUCGACGCCGAACAGCGCGGAGGGCGGCGCGUGCGGCGGCGGCGCGGAGUUCGUGUCGCGGCACUCGGCGGACGGGCGCUUCACGUUCGCGGACCAGCGCGCCGCGCAGGUGCUGGGCUACGCGCCCGCCGACCUGCUCGGCAAGCUCUGCUACGAGUUCUACCACCCGGAGGACCAGCAGCACAUGAGGGACAAUUUCGACCAAGUUUUAAAAUUGAAGGAAUACAUUGUAUGCACAAACACAUUGGCAAACCGGACGCUGGGCGGCAGCGGCGGGGAGCCGGUGGCCGAGGACAGCUACGACUACCACCUGCGCCAGCGCGACGUGUACCAGGCGCAGCCGCCCGCCCUGCACCAGCAGCACCACGCGCCGCCUGCAGGCGGCGGGGUGGGCGCGCGGUCGCCGGGCGAGGCGGGCGCGGGCGCGGCGCCGGCCUACGCGCACGCGCCGCACUACGCGCCCGACUACUCGCCGCACCGCCCCGCCAACACGCCGCCGCACACCACCUGGACGACGCUGCGCCCAAGCGGCGCGAGCGCGACGAGCGCGGGCGCGGCGGCGGGCGGCGCGGCGGGCGAGGCCUACGCGUACAGCGGCGAGGGCGCGGCCAGCCCGGCGCGCUCGCCGCCCGCGCCCGCCUACCUGCCGCCCGCGCACUACCACCACAACCACCACCCGCCCCACCCCGCGCACCCCGCACACCCCGCGCACCCCGCGACACACCCGACCCACCCCACGCAUGCAGGUAUGUGGUCGUGGCAGGGCGGUGCAGGCGCGGCCGGUGGCACCGGGGCGGAGGGGCCGCACGCACCACACGAGCUCUCCGAAAUGCUGCAGAUCUUGGACCAAGGCGGCGCCUCUACCUUCGAAGACCUCAACAUUAAUAUGUUCAAUUCCAGCUUCGAA